UAAGAUUUCGGAGCAAGGAGGACAUUUUACCAACAAGUGAGGAACAAGUUCUUUCACUCCUUUACCUAAGGAACAUCUAUUGGCAAACCAAAUCCCCUUUGACGAAAUUGUCAAAUGUAAGAAUUUUAAUACCAUCCCAGAUUCCAAUAUUAAUUGGUUAAUGAAAAUAAAAUAAUCUGGUGUUGGAACACAAAACUGUGGUUCAGUUCAGAAAGAGAGAGAGGGGGCAGGUUAAGAUUGGCAGUCCAUGCACUGUCAUGUUGUCCAUUUGAAGUCAUAUGCUUUACUGUUACAAUGUUGCAUUCAAAACAAAAGAAGACUAAUCCAUACCCACCCAAGUACAUUACUGAACAACACACUGGCCAGCAUGUACAGCAAAUGCGGAAGUCUAGAAGACGCUGCUAAGGUUUUCCAGAAAAUGCCCACACGAGAGCGAGAUACAUGUUCCUGGACUGUCAUCAUCUCUGCCUACUCUCGCCACGGAUUUCCUCACCAAGCUUUAAAUCUCUUUUAUCAAAUGCACCUCUCAACUUGUCAACCCAACCACUUCACAUUUUCCUCCCUUGUCGCCGCAUGUUCCAAAAUGGAAAACCUCAAGCUGGGCAUGGAAAUUCACGCUAAAAUAAUUACAAGCGGAUUUCAUGAACAUGUUUUUGUCCAGAGCGCCCUCGUCGAUAUGUAUGCAAAAUGUGGCAUCCUGGACAAUGCACGCCAUAUGUUUGACAAAAUACCUCAACGAGAUGUCGUGUCUGGAACCGCUAUGAUUGCAGGGUAUGCACACAAUGGGCAAGUAGACGAAGCGCUUCAGCUCUUCUAUCAGAUGCCUGAAAGAAACGAGGUUUCUUGGUCUACAAUGAUUUCUGGAUAUCUGCAAAAUGGGUGCACUUCAGAGGCUCUGGCACUUUUCAAGGAAAUGCUAGUGGCAGGCAUGAUUCCUCACUCCCAAGCAUUUGCCUGCGUUCUGUCAGCCUGCGUGCGCCUGAAGGAUUUAGAACAUGGUAUGCAGAUACAUAAAGAGGUAAUUAAAACAGGGUUGCAUUCUCAUGUAUUGGUGACAAAUGCACUUGUAGACAUGUAUGCGAAAUUGGGUAGUAUAGAGGAUGCACGCAAGAUGUUUGACAAAAUGUUUAAACGAGAUGUGGUCUCCUGGACGUCAAUGGUUGCAGGAUACGUACAUAACGGAAUGGGAGAAGAGGCCUUAAAACUUUUCCAAGAAAUGUCAUUCUCUGGAGUAAAGCCAAGCUCCGAAACCUUUGCCAGUGUUCUUCCAGCUUGUGCCUCUUUAACAGCCCUAAAUCAGGGAAGAGAAAUCCAUGAAAAAACUAUUGAAUGUGGAUUUGAGUCGGAGAUCUUUGUUGAGAGUGCACUUGUAGACAUGUAUUCAAAAUGCGGGAGACUCGAUAAGGCACGCAACCUUUUUGACAGGAUGAAUCAAAGAGACGUUGUUUCCUGGACGACAAUGAUUGCAGGGUAUUCACAGAACGAAUGUCUUGAGGAAGCAAUGAAGAUUUUUCAACAAAUGGAAUUGUCAGAUGUACAGCCAAAUUCAAUUUCUUUUGCCAGCUUGCUUUCAGCAUGCGCCAGCGUGGCAGCUCUAGAUCAGGCUAUGGAAAUCCAUGAAAACAUAAUUAGAAGAGGACUUCAGGAUGAUGUUUUUGUUAUAAAUGCUCUGAUAGAUAUGUAUGCAAAAUGUGGUAGAAUAACGAGGUCACACAAACUUUUUGACCACAUGCUCAAGCCAGAUGUGGUAUCCUGGACUGUAAUGAUUUCAGCAUAUGCACGGAAUGGUUUGGGAGACGAGGCUGUGAAAACCUUUACAGAAAUGCAACUAGCAGGUAUGAAACCAAAUGCAAAAACCUUUGCUAGUGUUCUCCCAGCAUAUUCCAAUCUGGCGGCUCUUGAAUCGGGUAUGGAGGUUCAUGGGAAAAUAAAUCGAAGUGGGUUUCAGACAGAUGUAUUUGUGGCGAAUGCUCUCAUUGAUAUGUAUGCAAAAUGUGGGAGCGUAGAAAAGGCACGCUAUUUGUUUGACAAUCUGCACAAACACAAUCUUGUUUCCUGGAACACAAUGAUUUCAGGCUAUGCCAUGCAUGGAUACGGCAAGGAAGCCCUAAAGCUAUAUGAAGAAAUGCAAAAUUCUGAUACGGCUCCAGAUCACGUGACCUCACUUUGUGUUUUAUCAGCUUGCUGUCAUGCAGGUCUAGUGGAGGAGGGACGUAAAUUGUUUAAUUGCAUGAGUGAAUCUUCUCAUGUCACACUUUCCAUAGAUCAUUACAGCUGCAUGGUUGACCUUCUUGGCCGUGCUGGGAGACUAGAAGAGGCCCAAGAGUUUAUAAAGACAAUGCCAAUAAACCCUGAUGUUAAUAUCUGGAGGUGUUUGCUUGGUGCUUGCAGGAAAUACAAUAACAUAGAACUAGGAGAAUAUGUAGCAGAAUGCCUCUUUAGGCUUGAUACUAUGAAUGCCACAAAUUAAUGGCUUCUCUCAAACAUUUAUGCCGUAGCUGGAAGGUGGGAAGACAAAUCUAAAACUGCAAAAUAUGAUGAAAGAGUGAGGGUUAGUUGUGAGGGCUGGAUAUUGAAUAGAGGAUGUGAUAAUGCAUUUUUUUCUUAUAGGGGACAGAUGGCAUCUUUAAAUGGAAAAGAAGAUAAGAAAGAAAGUUGACACAAGAUAUUUGCUUGAUGAUGAGCAUAAGGAACAUAUUUGUUGCCACCAUUGUUAAAAGCUAAAAAUCGCCAAUCAAAUUCGUCUCCAGUAUUGUGGCACAUAAAAUUGUUUGUAAAAAUGCGAGUUUUUAUCAUCAUUUUGAUGAUGGAUAGCGUUCCUGCAGUCAUUUUUUUUAUCAUUCUGAUGCAAGAAUUUUAGUGAUUCUGAGUGAAGCUUCUAAGCGUUAGCUUGCAUGAUAAUAUACACAAACAUACUCUCUAACUUUGGAUCAUUAGCAAGCGACUGGGAAUUCUUUAUGGUGUAGGUUAUGUUCCUUCUCUUCUCUACCCCUCCGACAUAGAAGACUUCGGGCACAAACUAAUGGGGUAUACGUAUGAGCUGUCUACCAAUGGAUUUUGAUCACACUAGAAAUGUAAACUAAAGGAGAGGGUCUGAUGGCGGUGAGGGCUAUGUUGUGUGAGGGGUCUACAUUAGUGAAGAAAACAUCAGUCACAACUAAAAAUGUCACAUUGUAAAGGGUCUACUUGGCAAUUUAGAAAAAUGAAACCCUGUCAAAUUUGCGCAUGUUUUUCAAGUCAAAUCGAAUGGUUUCAAAAACCACCUUUUUUUGAGACAAAACAUAUCAUCGACCAAAAUUGGACGUGUGGUAUUUGGGUACAUGUUUAC